UUCUCGAGGUAUCCGGCCUGGCUUCGUCUCGAGGUGGCGAUGCAGCAGGCGCAGACGGGCCCCGACCCCUGCGAGGUCUGGCUCGGCCGGCUGCCCCGCGCCCCCUGCCACGCGGUGCCUGCGCUGGAGCGGGCCCUGCGGGCCGCCCUCUGCGCGGGCGGCACCUGCCGCGGCGAGGAGCUGCGCCUGCGCCUGCACACUUCGGCCAGCCGCGGCGGCACCUGCCUGGGUUUCGGCUUCGCGUGGCUGCCGUGUGCGGCCGCCGCGGCGCGGCUGGUGGCGGAGGGCCAGCUGGAGUUCGAGUGGGACGGCGGCGGGGCGCUGGCCGCCGUGCGCGCCGCGGCGGGCACCGAGGGCGCCGGCGGCGCCUGCAGGGCGCCGCCACCCGCGGACCCGACGCUCUUCCCGGUGAGCGUGGGCGUCCUGGCCGCGUGCCGCGGCCUGCCUGACAUGCGGCCCGCCGCGGCGGCCUGGAGGGAGCUGCUGGCGCCGAUGGGGGUCGCGCUGGACGCCCGCAUCGCGGGCCCGCCCAGCAGCGCGGCUGGCGGCAUUGCAGACGCCAUCCGGCGGUUCCGGAGGGACGACGCGGUCGUCGUGGUUUGUGGCAGCAGCGGGCUGACGCGCGAGGCGGAGGAGGAGCUCGCCGCCCAGAUGCGCAGCCUCGGGGAGGCUGGCCGGGCCGCGAUGCUGCUGGAGGCGGAGCCAGCCGCCGAGGGGGACGAGGCCGCGGCAGUGGCAGACGUUGACAGCGGAGCCCUUGAAGGACUCUGGCGUGGCUACGCCGUCGGACCCAACGUGGACGUUGUCCCGUUCGAGGAGGUGGCUGGCAUCUACGCGGCUGGAACGGACCGCCAGCGAGCCGGCGCACUCCUCGCGAUGGCCGUGCGCCGCGCGUUCGGGUUCCACCUCGGCAACAUGCUCAAGGUCUUCGUGUGCGACUGCGACGGCACGCUGUGGGAUGGCGUGGUGAUGGAAGACGGCCCCGCGGGCCUGGGCAUGCGCGGGGCGCACCUGGAGCUGCAGCGGCGCUCGGGCCUCCUGCAGCGGAGGGGCCGCCUCAUUUGUGUGGCCUCGAAGAACGAGGCGGCAGACGUGGAGGCGGCCUUCCGCGAGCGGAGCGCGGACAUGGAGCUGCAGCACGGGCAGGUGACUUCGUGGCAUGUCAAUUUCGGCCCCAAGGUCGUCAGCCUGCGGAGGAUGGCCGCAGAGCUGCAGCUCGGCCUCGCCUCCUUCGUCUUCCUCGAUGACAACCCAGCGGAGGUGGAGGCCGUGCGCGCCAUGCUCCCUCAGGUGAUUGCGGUAACGGUCCCCGGAGGGGACGACGCCGCCUUCAGGCGGCUACUGCAGCACCAUUGGGCCCUGGACGUGUGGGCGGGGGCGCCGCAGACGGAGGAGGACGUGCGGCGGACGCAGUUGUACCAGGAGCAGGCCAUGCGCCUCGAGGCGCGGCGCGGCGCGCCCUCGCACGCCGCCUUCCUUGAGUCGCUGCAAGUGCGCAUCGACUUGAGGGCGCCUGCCGAGCCCGAGGCGCAGAGGCUAAGCCAGCUCACGUUACGCACCAACCAGAUGAACUCGACGCAGCUGCGGUUCCACAGCACGCAGCCGUUGCUCGCGUGGCUCGGCGAGCCGCACAGGUGGGCGUGGGCGGGCUUCGUCCGCGACCGAUUCGGCGACUACGGACUGGUGGCCGCGGCCUUCUGCAGCGAGGGCCACGGGGCGGUGAUCCUGGAGUGCCUCAACAUGAGCUGCCGGGUGCUGCAGAGGGGCGUCGAGCACGCGGUGCUGCGCCGCGUGGCGAGCGACGCCGUGGAGCGGGGCCUCGACCGGGUGCUCGUGCCCGUGGCGGAGACUCCACGCAACGGGCGCGUGAGGGCCUUCUUGAGCAGCGUGGCGACAUGGGCAGGCGUCGAGGACUGGCGGGGCACCGCCGCGCCCGCGGUGCGCCUGCAGCGGCUGCGCGGGGAGCAGCGCGCGGUGGCCCCCGCGCUGGAGCCCGCUCCGGGCAUCGGGGGCGUGCUCGGGAUCGCGAUCGACGCGGGCGACGUCGCUUGGAUGCCGAACAGCGAGAAGUUCGUCGCGACCACGGGCAUGGUGGACUCCACGGAGAGCGGCCUCCCGGCCAAGCGGCAGAGAAUCUACAUCAUCGGGAUGAGCAAGCAUCUGCUACUCGGCGCUGUCUGCGGCUUCCCUGUCCCCCUGCCUCCCAUGGCCCCUGCGAAGCUUUCUGAGUUCCUCGACGCCGAGGGCCCCUCCGAGUCGCCGCUCCCCGCUGCUCCUGGCGCCCGCCUGAGCGUGGAGGUGCGCAACAAGCUGUGCCUCGACGUGCAGAAGGCUCGGGGCGAGGCCGCGGGCGCCGUGGCCGUUUGCGAUUUGACGCGAGAUCCUACCAAAGUGUUCGGGGGGUUUGUGCAUCCAGAGUCCUGCGGGGCCCUCGCCACUAAGAACACUUACUUGUGGGUCGUGGGGCGUUUAGAUGGCAAAGUGGAGGGCCAUGGGCGUUGGCUCAGGCUAUCCGAGCGGCGCAGGAUCAUGGGCCUAGCUCCUGAGAGCCUCGUGGGGGUGAUCACUGAUAAGGCCUUGAUGAAAGCCGUGGGGAACACCAUGGCGGUCGGCACGGCGGGCCGGGCGUUGACCCCAAUCAUGCGGGUAUGCAAGAGGUGCGAAGUGAACCAGGGGGGCCUCCCAGUCAUGCUGCCCCAGGGGUUCCAGGUGAGCGAGGGCCCGUCGACCAGGUUCGACGUGAGCGAUGUCCCGCCGACCGCGAAGAGGGCCCGCACGAGCACCGACUGCCGCGAUCACUGCGUUUGCGGUAGGUGCCCGCUAUCCACUCCUGGCCAUCCGAAGCCGAAGCAGUCUAGGAUUCAGAACUUCUUUCAGCCCCCGAGGGCCUAG